AUGGCCCGGUACCAAAUGAUCCACGACUCAGUACGAGUCCUCGGCCCCAUUUGGUUGGAAACCCCUGCCAUAAAGGUCUAUAUUAACUACGGCAACAGAUCUCGGAAGAUUUACGAUGUGUCUUUGGUCUGCUUCUUUCGGAACAAGAUUUACACCAAUACCAAACACAUACGUGCAGACAACUGCACCGACUGCACAUGUAUGGAAGGCACAAUGGUAUGUACCAGUCCGACAUGUCCGGUCCUUAUAUGUCCAGUGGAGCAACAGUACACAACGCCGGGCAGCUGCUGUCCUAAAUGUAAAGUGAAACCCAGGAAGGAAUGUCGCUAUAAUGGACAAAUACAAAUGCAUGGAGACGAAUGGCAGCGAGACGUGUGUACGGAGUGCGAGUGCAGAGACGGACACGUGCAUUGCACCAUGGAGGAAUGUAACAACACGCUGAAGUGCCCAAAAGUAAGUAUUUGA